GAGCGUUUUUAGAGGGAGAUAGGGUAGGAAGGGUGGUCUUAGGUUAGAAAGUUGACCUCCUAUAUCUAUAAUGGUCAUGUUAGGCUUUUUGCCUUAUGAGUAAUUUUGGGCUUAAAUAAAUCUAAUUAGCUUUAGGCUAAAAUAAUAUUCUUAUUUUAGCACCCAAACCAAACAAAUUAUUUUCCAAAAGGUAAUGGCUUGAGAAGAGUUUAGUUUAUUUCGAGGUUCCUCCCUCCAAAUAACGCUCCAUUUGAUUUAAUUUCCUUUGUAUUGUUUUGGGCUUUCCCCUCUUUCACAUAAAAUAAGCUACUAUCACAAUGCAAUAUGCAAGGGAAAGAAAAAAGAAAGUACCAAGUUGCGUUAGCUGAGAGCACGUCAAUAGGCACCACUACCCCACUCUUUUGUAGUGAUCGUGAGCACAAGUUAAUUAACAACAAAUGAAAGUCCACUUAAAUGAAGCUUAAUCCUAAUGAUUUAGCUAUAAAUACCCAAAGAUUUGAUUGGUUUUUCUUCACACAAGCCUUCAACGAAACAUAAUACUAAAACAUGGCUAAGUCAAACUCAUCGACAGUGGCAUUAGCCCUUGGGCUCCUAUUCUUGACCCUUGUUGGUGACUGUUAUGGUCAAUGCAGUGAGAAUUUCCGUGUUGGCUACUACAACGGCAAGUGUGGCAAAGUCGAUAUUGAGGCCAUUGUUUUCCACGUCGUUAAGAAGUAUUUUAUGGAAAACAAAGAUACCGUUGCUGAUCUUGUUCGCUUACAGUUUCAUGAUUGCUUCGUUAGGGGAUGUGAUGCCUCAAUUUUACUCGAGGGAGAAGACACGGAGAAAACAUCACGUAACAAUCUUAGUGUCGAUGGUUAUGAAAUCAUUGAAGAUGCAAAAGUUGCUCUUGAUAAAUAUUGUCCAGGAGUUGUCUCUUGUGCUGACAUUAUUGUCUUAGCGGCUAGAGCCGCUGCACAUUUGGGUGGAGCAUAUUGGUAUGACGUAGAAACCGGAAGAAAGGACGGCAUGAUCUCACUAGCAUCUGAUGCCCAACGAGAUCUUCCAAGACGAAGCAUUCCAAUCCCUGAUGCUGUUAAGUUGUUUGCUGGUUUUGGAUUGGACACAAAUGACUUUGUUUAUCUCUUAGGUUGUCACACUGUUGGAACUGCACAUUGUGCGAACUUCCAAGAGCGUCUAUACAACUUCAAAAACAGUGGGCAAGCAGACCCUACCAUGGACCGUACCUUUGCCUCGUCCUUAGAGAAGACAUGUCCAAGAAACGUAAACUCAACGAAUGAAGCGUUCCUUGACCAAACAAAAGGAAGUGAAUUCGUAAUGGAUAAUGGUUUCUUCAAGAGAAUAUUGGAAGGCAAGGGUCUUCUUGAAGUUGAUCAGCAAUUGGCUCUUGAUCCUUUGACUAAAGAUAUUGUUGAACGAGCUGCUUAUGACGAGAAGAUAUUCUUAGCAAAAGUUGGACCAGCUAUGCGUAAAAUGGGCUUAAUCGGAGUUCUUACUCAAGGACAGGUUAGACUUGGAACUUGCAAGAAGGUUCUCUAAGGAGUAAGGAUAAUUGAGUUCUUCACAAAUUAAAAUUUACCAUUCAUUUUAUUAAUACCUUAAUUACGGACUACUUCAUUAAUAUACGUACCGUUGGUGUUGAUGAGGGUUUGUUGAUAUUUUAUUUUGCUUUAUUAUUAAGUUUAUCCAAUGUCUCCUGUGUAAGGGGACUAAGUUACAAGUUUUUGUGACAAAAUGUAUGUCAAAGACUCUGCUCUUGCUAACAAGUUACUGUUUGAUUAUUAAUAAAAAUUAUCUAAAUUUAACUA